AAAAGGGUGGGAGCAAGAUAGAAGAGAAAGAGCCAAGUUCCUCAAAAGGGGGCGGAGCGGGGAUACCCUGUUAAAUCCCCCAAUUGAAUUGUGGUGGGGUGACCGCGGGAGGGGUGCCCCAUUCAGAGUGGGGGAAUAAAACCCUCCCUCUCGAAAAUCCUGUAAUCAUCGAUGGAGGGGAAUAUUUCCAGUCAUCUCGCGCCACUCGAGCCACGCGCACUUGCUUUAUUGCGCGAGUUGCCAAAACGCGUGUGCUCUCUUCAAUGAAAAAUCACACACACUUUUAGUGCUGUGAGUUUUUAAGAUCUCAGUUUCCGGUUUUGUGGAAAACUUGAUGGACCCCCAAAACCCCCUCAAUUGGAAAAGUGUUAAUUUUUCGAACCUAUUUUGUGCUCUUAAAAGAAAAGAGGUGAAAUUUUUAUUGGUGAAACAGCAGUUUUUUUUAAAAAAGAAAAAAAGUUGAAUAAUUCAAGUUUUGAUCAAGAUUGAUUGAAUUGAAAUAACAAGAGAGAUUUAGCGUGAAAAGGUGGUGAAGUAAAAAAAAAAGUGAAUUUUUCAAAGGAAGAAACUAUGGUGCAGUGCUACUACCACGUGGAAGAAACCGGGAUUCCCGCGAGGAUGCACUGACUGGGCAGAUCAUCCAAAAGACUCGAGAUGUCCGCGGUAACCAGUCCAUAUGGCCCCAGUUUCUUAGCGGAGAUGCUUUCCGAGUCGGUUUACAACUACGCGACGUCCCGUCGGGAUGCCGCCGAUCAUGACAGCGACUCCCAAUUCUCGGCCCAGGCCCAAUUGCAAUUGGCGAAUAUACAAAAGCCACGUAAUAAGCGAAAAAAUUUCAAGCCAAUCAGCAGUCGAAUGGCUGAGGUCUCUGAUGAAUCGGAUCGAGACGAGGAAGAUCCUGAGGCAGCCGAGGAGGCGAGCUCAAAUGAAAUUCUUGAGUAUGAAAGGAAGACCUUACUCCUGCCAACUGAAGAAAGGUCGAAGCAAAGGCUAAACAACAACGAAGCGAGUCCUAUGGAUUUGUCCGUCGCGACCAGGCCACCCUCAUCAGAAGGGGACGACGAUAGUGGGGACUCAUACAGGCAUAAAUUUAUUAUCGAACAACUCAGGUCGCAGAAGUUCUAUUCCCUUGGAGCCGAGAUACGAAGUCCCACAUCGGAAUCGUCGGACAAGAGUGGAAGUGGCACAAUGGAUCACGAUUCAAAUCGCCUAGACGAUCAGGACGGGCAAUUUGAGGACGAGCAAGGACAGGAAGUGGAAAACGAAAGGGGAAUGGAUGAGAAGAGGCCAUUCGAGGGUAUGAUGAGAGAGUAUGCAGAAUCAACGAUGCAGGAACUUCUUGCGAUCUACGGCCUGGCAGGAGGUGAACUUGCCAGGUCGGUCAGCAGGCAACUUCCACCCACCUUUCUCAAUCCACCCAGCGGUCAGCAGCCCCAAGGCAAGGUCAAGGUCAAGGAGGAGAAAGAGGCAUCAUCGAUGGCACCCGGAAGUCCACCAACUCCACCGCACACACCGCAAAGUCCACCAAGACAAAAUCCAUCACUCUCGCAAUCAUCCCAAACACCAAAUGCCAAUUCGCCUAAUAUUCAACAUCCACAACAACAGCAACAACAGCAGCAUUCCCAUCAAUCUGUCCCCAAUUCCCCCCUAAGUCAAAUUUUGGUUCAAAAUCCCGCUUUGGCACAAUUAUUACAACAGAAUCCAGCGAUUCUCACGCAAAAUCCACAAUUGGCGCAACUACUGCAGCAAAAUUUCCAGGUUCAAAUGGGCAACGUCCUCUUUCAGGGUGCGCGUCGAGAUGAUGGAGAGGAGACAAGGGUACCGUCGACAAUAGCAAACUUGGCAGCAAUGAAAGUGGAUGCAGCUGACCCGAAGGUUUCCGCUCUUCUCAGACAGAGUAUGUCCCCAGGGGCAGAGAACCUGAUGAGCGGUGGAAAAUCAAUUCCCCAGCCCAUCAUUGACUACUCUCGUUACGUAAGAAGGUAUUCAAGCGGACAAGAAUGUGGAAGUGCCUAUUGUAAAGAACUUGGAUGCAGAGAGCAUUUCCACUGCUUAGACUGCAGUGGACGAGUAUUUAUCAAGAAAGAGGAAAUGAUUAGGCACUUCAAGUGGCACAAGAAGAGGGAUGAAUCUCUCCAACACGGUUUCAUGAGAUAUUCGCCAACUGACGAUUGCGCUGAGAGGCACCCGAGCAGAAGCUGUCCCCACAACAAAAAGCAGACCCACUACCACUGUAUUCACGACAAUUGCGAUAAAGUCUACAUUUCAACGUCCGACGUCCAGAUGCACGCCAACUAUCAUCGAAAGGAUUCGGCCAUCAUCCAGGAAGGCUUCCAAAGAUUCAGAGCCACCGAAAGCUGCGAGGCUGAACAUUGUUCGUUUGCUGGUCAGAGGACCACACAUUUUCAUUGCCGACGACAGGGUUGUCGGUACACCUUCAAGAACAAAGCUGACAUGGACAAGCACAAGUCAUAUCACAUCAAAGACGAACAAUUUACGCGUGACGGUUUCAAGAAAUUCAUGAAGUCCGAAGCAUGUCCCUUCGAGCAGUGUAGGUUCUCGAAAGUGUGCAAUCAUAUCCAUUGUAUAAGACCCCAGUGUAGUUAUGUCCUUCACUCCUCAGGUCAGCUAAUCUCCCAUAAGCGCAAACACGAACGGAACGAUUCAGAGUUAGCUUACAGGAAAUAUAAACAACUCGGUGCCACCGGAAGUAUACGACCGCCUGGCACGUGGAUGCCAGACGAGAUCAGCUCCCAGAGUCUCUCCCUCAGUCUCAAUGGCGAAAGUUCGAACGAAGGAAGAGGAUCCCCCUUCUACUCAAUGGACGAUUCCUUUCAGAGUGCCAGUGACCUGGCAAUGGAUCUCACUUCCUCAUCCACUGGUCCAUCGUCAGCAAUUAACGCUUCCCAGAGUAUCGAACAAGCCUCCCCCAUCCAACUUCAACAACAAUUAACUCCCGUCGAAUUGGCCUUCCUAGCACCGGCCUCAGCCGACUGCUCCUGUCAAUUUGGCCGGGAACAUCAUCACUGCGCCCUAGAUCGUUGCGGCGCAACCCUCCGAGACCCACGUGAAGUUCGCGAACACCUACGCGAACACGAACAACAAGAAAGAAUCACUGACGCCUUUUUCGAAGAAGGCGGUUGCGACGACACCUGUCCCUACUUCGACAAAGAAAAACACUACCACUGCAAUUGGGAGAACUGUCGCGAAGUUAUUCUCGCCACCGACAAACCUUUCAGAAGACUGCAACACUACAAAAUUCACGAGUACAGCAGACAACUCGAUCUCUCCUGCACGUCUCAUGCCCUCUCACCCGACGUCACCCUAACCCAUCUAACAAACAUCGACGCAAUGUUCAGGCGGAAACGAGGAAGACCACCAAAGAAUAGAGUAAUCGAAAUCUGGUCCGGUGGAGAUCCCACAUCCCACACUCAAGAUUCCCCUCAAGCAAUAUUCACCAGUUUUAAAUUACCCAAACCCACCACACCAACUCUAACCAUAAAUACAAUUUCGGACGAGAGAGAAGGAAGUCUCUCCCCAACCAACAGCGUCGGUGAAACAGAGGGAUUCGUAACAUACACUUCAGAGGGUUGUCCCGACUCCGCUUGUUCUCUAAGAACCACAAGGCAUCAUCACUGCUCCCAAAUUCGAUGUCAUUUCUCCACAGAAAGACCCGAUCAACUGCUUAUGCACAGCAAGGACUUUCACGAUAAUGUUGACAUUUUACCAGGAUUCGCCUUCUUCGAUAAGAUGAUCGAUUGUCGAUUGCCCGGCUGUCAUAGUAAUCGAGUAAACAGACAUUUUCACUGCACCAGACCAAAUUGUGGAUAUUCCUUUGUUCGAUACUCGACAAUGUCCCUUCAUGAGAAGCAACAUCAUGGAACUGGUGAACAACAAAGUUCCGAGCAAACUCAAGAGCCACCACAAAUUCUCCCUCAGUCUUUGGUUCAGGAGUCGAAACCGAGAAUCCAAGUCAAGAACCCUGCCGAAUUAAUCGAAAAACAAGAAAUGGAUACCAUGGAAGAGAGCCGAUCAAUUAUCGACGACAAGGAACAACCUCAAAUUCCUAGUCCAGAUACAAACAAAACCACGGUGGUGAGGGCGGCAGGCACCUAUUAUCCGGUUAGUGGACCGCCGAGCGAACCCGCUCUUCCGGGCGCCAUGCUAUCCAUGCGAACUACCGUGCACCAAGAGACUCAAGUGAUUCCAUCAACCAGUUCGAACUCGCCGCACAUACUCUACGGACCAGAUCAAAGUUGCAGUAGGCCAUUCUGCAAGUUAAAGAGGAAGAACCACUACCAUUGCAAUGCAUGCAAUCAGGCCUUCUCCGAAUUGGACCGUCUGGUCGCCCACAUUGCGAAGCAUUCAACAGGAGCUAUCCUGAGUCAACAGCAGCACGAAAUAACGCCUCAAGCAUCGAAUCACAUACAGCACGACUACCUCGCUCAACUGUCGCAAAAGCAUGACUUCAUGGCCCAGAAUAUUCACAAUUUCCAAAAUCAAAUGCAGCGUCAAAUGCAGCAAACCCUAGGACAAAUAAACCAGCAGCCCCAAGCCAAAGAGAUAAAACUAGAAAGUCCAAGGCUGAGCAAUGACAACAAUCAGAUAAAUCCAAUAAAACGUGAAUCAAACGAGAAUCUAAGGGACGAUAGUAGCACCAACACUCACGACAACGAGAAUGGACAAAUCUCCCAACCUCUUCCGCCAAGUGUUCAACAAGUACCACCCGGUUUUGAACUAGAUCUCAGUCACGGUUUCCAUUUUCCAAAUCCUGCCGUCAUGGCCGCUAUGAAUCAGCAAAUCGCCCUGAUCAAUCAGGCACUACCACCAUUUCUCCAACACGGCAGUAUGUAUCCCGGUGCUCCAGGUCUAAUGUUUGCCCCAGGUCUCCCGCCUGGUAAUUUCCUCCCACCAAAUCGAGACGAAAACCCUCUCGCUUCCCUAGCAGCGAACCUGAACCUAAAAAGAUCUCUAUCACCAUCCGACAAUUCCAUUGAUGCCAAGAAACAACGACUCCAUCAUUCAAUGCGAAUGCUCAAGGACGAACCUGUCCCCGACGGCUACGUGAGAUUCCGAUUUAAUGAAGACUGCCGAUAUCCUCACUGCGGAUACCGGGAACAUCAGACUCACUUUCACUGCAUGCGACAGGACUGCGGCUAUUCAUUUUGCGACAAGACAAGAUUCGUGCAACACACCGCAAGACACGAACGUCUCGACACACUCAUGGGUGGCGAUUUUCAACAAUACCGCGCAAAUGUCCCUUGUGGAAGAGCUCAGUGCGCCUACACCUCCUCCCUGGGUUCAAUGCAAAACAAAGCAUCUCAUUUUCAUUGUUUGAAGUGCGAUUUCGUUUGCACCGACACGAACAAAGUUGUCGCUCACAGAAGACAACAUGCCAAAUUAGACAGUAUCGCGGCUGCCGGAUUUCAAAAAUUCACACCCAGUCAACCUUGCGGAGCCGUUCAGUGUCAACAUUCAGGAAAGCAAACCCACUAUCACUGUCUUCAGUGUCAAUACGCCGUACUUGGUUUAGCGCAAAUGUCUGCCCACAAAUACAGACAUAUGGACGGUUGAGACUCAAAACUGAAUUUCAGAACUGAAUUUACUAAUUGGACUGAGCUAAGGACUAAAACUACUUUAGAACUCCAAGUCUUUUUUUAGCACAAAACUGGUUCGCGCCUUUUCGACAUUUGAAAAAGCCUUCUCAUCCCAGACAUUCCUCAAGAAAUUUUUGGGUAAACUAUUAAAGAAAUUUGGGUUGAAUUUUAAAAGAAGCUGACGAAGACAAUAAAUCAAAUGGAAGAAUGAAUAUUAAUAGAAGAAAUAUAUUAAUAGCUUUAGCACGAAAAAGACAAAUUGUAACGUAUUUAAGAGAGAGAAAAAUGUGUAAAUUUAAACGCUCUCGGUGUAUAGAAAAUAGUAAAGGCCCAUGUGUAACAUCGACCUAAUUUUUAGUACAUAGUACCCCCCCCCCCCUAGAUAGUAAAUGUAUUAUAUAGUUAUAGAAACAAAGGAUUAUCAAAUAGAGAAUUAUAGGCCGAUCGAAAUAUUUGCAGAAAUCUCGAUCGGAAGUCAUGAAUUAGUAUACGAGUCAAUUCGAUCAUCGUCAUGAGCAAAUUGUAUUUAAACUUUUAGCAAAGCUUCUUUCUUUCUUCUCAAAAAAAAAACAAACUU